AAAGGUAUGAUUAGACAAACACUCAGUCAACCUCUUUCACUGUUGGACUUAAUAUUAUUUACUUACAGUACAGUAAUACAGAAUAAUACAGAAACACAGAAAUCAGUGAAAGUACCUUCACAAAGUGUGAGUGUGUGUGUUUUGUGGUUGUUAGGGAAUACUCCUACAGCUAUCUCCAAUGGCCUCUAGGAAUUCUGAUUACGCUGUCAGAAGUAAUCAGAUCAGUUCAAUGAGCUUUUUGUUGUCUUAAAUGACAUUAUGCACAGGAAUUGGUCUCGGGCCACUGCACGUGGUCUUUCAGAGCUGCGCUUGUUCACGUCACUCCUACUUUUUCAGACAGGCUAAAAUCUUCACUCUCUAUUGGUCACACAAAGUUCUAACUGUAACAGUAGGUGUGGUAGCAAACUAGAUCUGCCAGAAUUCCCAGGAGUCUGUACUGUGGAACUGAGACUAACAGAAGCUGAGGGAAUUGUAUUCCUGCCAGUUGCUUUAAAUCCAGACUGAAGUGGAGAAUGCCUCUGAGAAAUCAAGAUUGUUAGGAUAUUCUGUUCUCUCUAUGGACUCAUGAUGCAGUGCCAUUUAAUCCUCCUGGGACUACAGCAGAAAAGAACACCAACACAAUCACCACCUGUUAUCUCCAAAGUUUUCUUCGUUAAGCUUUAGUCAUGAAGGAUCGCUUAGAAGAGCUGCGUCUGCAGAUCAAAGCAAAUCAGCAAAUCAUAAGUCAUGAAGACAAAUCCUUCACCCAAAAUGAAGAGGAUGAGCCAGUGUCCUUCAUUGGCCACUGGCCACAGGCUGUGCUCUUUGAGACUGAGCCUGUACUAGAGAACUUCCUGGAUGAGGCCAAGCAUGUUCGUGACAGCCUUGAAGACCUGGAGGCUGAGGUUAAGAUAUUCAGUCAGCAACAAAGAAACUUUGUGGCUACCAUGCGGCGUCUCAGCAUCAUGAAAAAGGAGAGCAGCCUCACUCGGGACAUCAAGCUGCAGGCUGAGAACAUUCAAAAGAAGCUUGAUGCCCUCUCAAAGCAGGCAAAGCUCACUGAGACUGAAUUGGGGGCGUCAGCUGCCACGGCCCGGAUCCAGCGUGCCCAGCAUGAUGCACUUUUCCUUCGCUUCCAGGAGGUCAUGCGUCAGUACAAUGACUCGCUCCUGAGCAAGCAAGACAAAUGCAAGCAGUUCAUCAUCAGGCAGCUGGAGAUCUCUGGCCGAGAGGUAUCAGAGGAAGAAGUGGAAAAUAUGGUUGAGCAGGGUAAGUGGGAUGUUUUCAAUGAGAACAUCCUGGUGGAUGUCAAGAUCACUCGCUCACAGUUGUCUGAGAUAGAGCAGCGCCACAAAGAACUGCUCACCCUUGAGAACAACAUGAAGGACCUGAGAGAGCUCUUUCUAGAUGUGUUCAUGCUUGUGGAAGAGCAAGGAUUUCAAAUUGACAAUAUCCAGGCCAAUGUAGAGAAUACUCAGGACUAUGUUAUGGUUUGUAAUGAGAAAUUUAAAACGGCAGUCAGAUAUAGGAGGAAGAACCCUUUAAGAAGACUGUGUUGCUGCUGCUGCCCAUGGGCAUGAAGAAGGAUAUAAUGUAUAGUAUGAAGGACUUUUAGUAUGGGAAAACAUAGAGAGAACUUGUGGAAUCUGUAAAUAGAUAGACAUAUCUGUGUUAAAAGCAAAACCCUUGCACAGUUUAAGACACUUCUGUAAAAUUAAGACACCAGAGUCAUGAAGGCUAAUUAUGGAACUGAUAUGUAGCUACUAAUGACACAAGAGCUUAUGUUCAAUUUUAUAUACGUAAAAACAUUGUAUUUAUUUAUGACAUAGAGAUGCUUUUUAUUUGUAACCUACACUACAUCUAUUUUAUUAUGGCCAACCCCAUUUCAUUCUGAGCUGUAAUUUAAAUACAUAUUAAAUAUUGUGUGUGUAUGUGUGUGUGUGUUUAAAGCUUCAGAAAAAAAUAUGACAUUGCUUUUUUUCUGUCAUGCUUUCAUUUUGAGUAUGAUUUCAAAAAAUGAAUUUAUUCAAAAAAGACAAUGUCUCAUGAUGGCUAAUCACUAAGCAUGAACAUAUUGUAAAUAAGUUUCUAGCACAGUGUAACACUCCAGGUUGGAUGCUUGAAUGUUUUCCACAAUGGCAGUGUGUUAAACUUGAUUGUUCUGCAUCAUAUCAGCAUUCAUUCUGUAAAUACAGCUCUAUAUUUAUCAACAGUAAAAUCUCCAUUAUUCAUUCAGAUGAAUGGAGUGAAAGUAUGACGUCAGAUGACAGAUGGUGUAUUGUGGAAGAAAAUACUGAGAAAUAGGGAUCUGGGUGUGUUCCAUGAACCGCCUAACACUUAUCCUGAACAAUACUGUUCUAAAAAAGAAAUGGUAUAAAGAUGCUGUUAUAAAAUGUGAUUAUAUUGACAUUUUACAUCAGUUUUGAUUUUUUUUUUUUACCAAGCCUUAAUUUAUAGUUUCUUAUUCAAUAGGUUUUCAAAAAUGAACAGGACAGGAAUCACUCACUAUUAUGUGGACUUGACAGGGUUUCUUUAUGUGAACUUUUGUUUGCCAAGCUAUUCUUGUUGUAGUCACACUUGUUAUUGGCUGAAUUCCUAGGAUGAGAAAUCCACAAUCUGCUGCAGUGGCAAUAAUCUGCCACCUAUUGUUAUAGAUAUGAAGUACACAAAAGGAUAUAUCAAGUCCUUCUUUGCCAGCCCAGUUUUAAUAAGAUAUUUGGCAAGGAAAUGGCACUUACAGAAAAGAAAAAUGAUUUUUAAAAAAUGAUUUACUUCCAGUGCAUAUACAAAAUCUACUUUAGAAUUACACACAUUAUGUAAUGUUAUUUUGUAUGGUAAGUACAUAAUCAUAAUCAUAAAAAGAUUAGAAAAAAAUCAGGGAAGGCCAGGGCUGGUGGCUGUCACAGGCAGGGCAGGGAAGGUGGGAGGACGUGAAUGACCAGUCCAGGCGGGUUGGUAGGAAAGUAGGUAGGUUGGAUGAACGUCCUUUCUAGCACAAAAGGCACCCUAAAUCCAAAAUUUAUUUAAAUUUGUUAAUAUGUGUUAAAAAAAAUAAGGUGCUGAUACCACAAUGGGUAAAACUUCCACAGGUAAAGCAGGCCAUGCUUCAAAAUGAAAUGUAAUAUAUUUGCAUCAGAAUUUGCAGUACUGCAGCCUGACUGCUAUAUUUUUUGUUUAAAUUAAUGUUUAACUGGUUUAAUUUUUCUGUCUAUCCAUUUUUUU